ACUAUUUCUAAGUGUGGGUUUCUCUUAAUUCCCCCAAUUGCAGUAUACCAUCAAUAAAUCCAUUUGCAUACCAUCGAGUUUUGUAGAAAAAAAGGAAGAGUAACAAUGGCAGAAACCCAAUCUCAAGGAACCCCAACGCUGUUUUCUCCUUACAAGAUGGGAAAGUUUAAUCUUUCUCACAGGGUGGUGCUGGCGCCUAUGACGAGAUGCAGGGCGUUGGAUGGAAUUCCAAGGCCGGCGCUUGCUGAAUAUUACACCCAGAGGACGACUCCCGGCGGCUUUCUCAUCACCGAAGGGACACUGAUCUCCGACACUGGCGCAGGGUUUCCACAUGUUCCUGGAAUCUACAAUGAAGAACAGGUGGAGGCAUGGAAGCCGAUCGUGGAUGCUGUUCAUGCCAAAGGAGGCAUCAUUUUCUGUCAACUGUGGCAUGUAGGCCGAGCAUCUCAUUCAGUGUAUCAACCUGGUGGAGCGGCACCGAUAUCAUCAACAAAUAAGCCCGUCUCAGACAGGUGGAGAAUUCUUAUGCCUGAUGGGAGCUAUGGCAUAUAUCCAAAACCUCGACCUCUUGAAACCUCAGAAAUACCAGAGGUUGUAGUGCAUUACCGCAAGGCAGCCUUGAAUUCCAUUCGAGCAGGUUUCGAUGGAAUUGAGAUUCAUGGAGCACAUGGCUAUCUCAUUGACCAAUUUUUAAAAGACGGGAUCAAUGAUCGCACAGAUGAGUACGGUGGGUCGUUGGCAAACCGUUGCAAAUUCUUAAUGCAAAUUGUUCAAGCAGUAGCUUCAGCCAUUGGUAUAGAUAGAGUUGCUGUCAGAAUUUCGCCCGCAAUUGAUCACCUAGAUGCAAUGGACUCUAAUCCGCUCAACCUAGGCUUGGCAGUGAUUGAGAGACUUAACAAGCUCCAGUUACAGCUGGGGUCAAAACUUGCUUAUCUUCAUGUGACACAGCCUCGUUAUCAUGCUUAUGGGCAAACCGAAUCAGGCAGACACGGGAGUGAAGAUGAGGAAGCUUAUUUAAUGAGGACAAUGAAGAAGAUUUACCAGGGAACUUUAAUGUGCAGUGGCGGAUUCAAUAGGGAGUUGGGAAUGCAAGCUGUGGUGGAGGGUGAUGCAGAUCUGGUGUCUUACGGCCGUCUUUUCAUCUCAAAUCCUGACCUAGUCUUGAGGCUGAAGGUUAAUGCACCUUUAAAUAGGUACAUUAGGAAGACAUUUUAUACUCAGGAUCCUGUUGUCGGAUAUACAGACUAUCUAUUCCUGAGUGAAGAAAAAGGUACCCAAGUACAGUCACGCCUUUGAUGUGGAAUCGCCAUUGAUUGUUAAACAUCAAACAUUUUCCAUAAAGUUGAAUGAGCAAUUACUAUGUUAAAACAAUGUAAGA